ACCCUUCUAGUUUUGUACUUUCCUCGAUCUCUCGCAUCUUUUCAUAGAAACAAGGCAACUUACAAACACACACAUAUCCCUGUACUUGCAGUUAGCAUCCUUUGAAUACCAUGGACGACCUGGACCUUCCCGAUCCUUCGCUCAAGAAUAUUAUUGACCAGACCACUUUGCAAUGGGUCUUUGUCGGUGGCAAAGGAGGUGUCGGCAAAACAACGACCUCCUGUUGUCUCGGCGUUCAGCUCGCCAAAUCGCGUACCAAGGUCCUGUUGGUUUCCACCGACCCCGCACACAAUCUCUCCGACGCAUUUUGUCAGAAAAUUGGACGCGAGCCCACGCCGAUUCACGGGUUUGACAAUCUCUGCGCCAUGGAGAUUGACGCCUCGCAGGAAGCCGAGUCGGAAAUCGAAGCAACCGACGACAACGACGUCUUCGGACAAAUGUUCAACGAUUUGCAGAAUUCCAUUCCCGGCAUUGACGAAGCCAUGAGUUUCAGCGAGCUCAUGAAGCAGGUGCAGCAGCUCGACUUUGACGUGGUGGUCUUUGAUACGGCGCCCACCGGACACACACUCCGGCUCUUGUCCUUCCCAACCAUUCUCGAAAAGGCUUUUGCCAAAGUAUGGGAGCUUAAAGACCGCUUCGGUGGACUCAUUGGGCAGGCAACGGCACUCAUGAGUGGAGGCAAUAACCCCGCCGCGGCCCAAGAACAACUGCUCGGAAAAUUGGAAGAAACCCGUGCCGUCAUCAACAAGGUUAACCAGGCUUUUCAAGAUCCCACGAAAACGACCUUUGUCUGCGUCUGCAUUCCGGAAUUCUUGUCCAUCUACGAAACGGAACGUCUAGUCCAGGAAUUGUCCAAGUACGGCAUUGAUUCGCACAACAUUGUGGUCAACCAAGUUUUGUUUCCGGAAAAAGAUGCGGAAGAACUGUCGGCGUGGUACGAAGCAAACGGCGCCACUUUACCCAAGGAAGCUCGGGAGAUCUGCUCCAAACUUUUGGCACGCAAACGGAUGCAGGACAAGUACAUUGGACAGUGCUUUGAUCUGUAUGGGGACGACUUUCACGUCGUCCUCAUGCCCUUGCUGGACUACGAGGUUCGGGGUGUGGAAAAACUCAAGACCUUUUCGGAACUAUUGGUCGAUCCGGUGGAUAUGGACGAGUAA